GGAGAGGUUGUCAAACGCUGAAUUGGUGCUGCUCCCGCCGUGAAUGGGAUUGCAACACGCGUGUCUCCCAGUUGAUUGGCGCAGGAAGGCGCUGCCCUGCCUCUCCAAACCCGCCGCUGCCUCCCGUUUAAAUAAAUUGGCUCGAAAGCCGGCGGCUGCCCACCGCGGCCCCCGUGGAGGCGGUGGCGGAGCCGGCCGGAGCCCGCGGCGGGCGGAGGGAUGGUGCGCUGAUGCUGGGCAGAGCCGCAUCCCCGCUGCAGAGAGAGCUCGAUACCACAGCAACAAUAUUGGCAAACCGGCAAGAUGAAAGUGAGCAGUCCAGGAAAAAACUUAUCGAGCAAAGUCGGGAGUUCAAGAAAAACACUCCAGAGGACCUGCGCAAACAGGUAGCUCCGUUACUGAAGAGUUUCCAGGGAGAGAUUGACGCAUUGGGCAAACGAAGCAAAGAAGCAGAGGCAGCCUUCUUGAAUGUUUAUAAGAGAUUAAUUGAUGUUCCAGAUCCGGUUCCAGCCUUGGAUUUGGGACAGCAGCUUCAGCUGAAGGUUCAACGGAUGCACGAUAUUGAAACAGAAAACCAGAAACUUAGGGAAACUCUAGAGGAGUACAACAAAGAAUUCGCCGAGGUGAAAAAUCAGGAGGUUACAAUAAAAGCACUUAAAGAGAAAAUCCGAGAAUAUGAGCAGACCCUGAAGAACCAAGCGGAGAACAUAGCCCUUGAAAAGGAACAAAAGUUACAAAAUGAUUUUGCAGAGAAGGAGAGAAAAUUGCAGGAGACACAGAUGUCGACGGCCUCGAAGCUGGAGGAGGCCGAACACAAAGUUCAAGCUUUGCAAACAGCCUUGGAAAAAACCAGGACAGAACUAUUUGAUCUGAAAACAAAAUACGACGAAGAAACUACUGCAAAGGCUGAUGAAAUCGAGAUGAUCAUGACAGACCUUGAAAGAGCAAAUCAGAGGGCAGAGGUGGCUCAGAGAGAGGCAGAGACCUUAAGGGAGCAGCUCUCAUCAGCUAACAAAUCUCUCCAACUUGCUACGCAGAUCCAGAAGGCACCUGAUGUGGAGCAGGCCAUCGAGGUGCUAACACGGUCCAGCUUGGAAGUAGAACUGGCUGCGAAGGAGCGGGAGAUCGCCCAGCUUGUGGAAGAUGUCCAGAGACUCCAGGGCAGCCUCACCAAGCUGAGGGAGAACUCCAGCAGCCAAAUCUCCCAGCUGGAGCAGCAGCUGACAGCCAAGAACAGCACACUCAAACAACUGGAAGAAAAACUGAAAGGACAGGCUGAUUAUGAAGAGGUUAAGAAAGAAUUAAAUAUAUUGAAAUCCAUGGAGUUUGCACCAUCUGAAAGCUCUGGUGGGCAGGAUGCAUCCAAACCGCUGGAGGUGCUGCUGCUGGAGAAGAACCGCUCGCUGCAGUCGGAGAACGCCACGCUGCGCAUCACCAACAGCGACCUGAGCGGGUCAGCCAGGAGAAAAGGGAAAGACCAGCCUGAGAGUCAGCGUCCUGCAACCUUGCCGGCCUCCCCUCCUUCCCAGUUGCUCCGCAACGCGGGGGAGCAGGCUUCCAAUACUAAUGGUACACACCAGUUCUCACCAACGGGUUUAAGUCAAGACUUUUUCAGCUCAUCCCUGGCGAGCCCCAGCUUACCCCUGGCCUCCACAGGAAAAUUUGCACUAAACUCUCUCCUCCAGCGACAGCUAAUGCAGUCCUUCUACUCCAAGGCAAUGCAGGAAGCAGGAAGCACAAGCAUGAUUUUUCCAACAGGUCCAUACAGCACAAACUCCAUAUCUUCCCAAAGUCCAUUACAACAAAGCCCGGAUGUAAAUGGCAUGGCCCCGUCUCCCAGCCAGUCAGAAAGUGCUGGGAGCAUCUCUGAAGGCGAGGAGAUAGACACGGCCGAAAUUGCACGUCAGGUGAAAGAGCAGUUGAUCAAGCACAAUAUUGGACAGCGGAUAUUUGGACAUUAUGUGUUGGGACUGUCGCAAGGGUCUGUGAGCGAGAUCCUGGCCCGGCCAAAGCCAUGGAAUAAACUGACUGUGAGAGGCAAGGAGCCAUUUCAUAAGAUGAAGCAGUUCCUCUCGGACGAGCAGAACAUCUUGGCUCUGCGCAGCAUCCAGGGUAGACAAAGAGAGAAUCCAGGCCAGAACCUGAACAGACUAUUUCAGGAAGUACCGAAACGAAGAAAUGGGUCUGAAGGUAAUAUAACCACACGAAUCCGAACCACAGAGACUGGCUCUGAUGAAGCCAUCAAAUCCAUCCUUGAACAAGCCAAAAGGGAGCUGCAAGUACAGAAAACAGCUGAGCCGGCUCAGCCGCCUUCUGCCUCUAGCAGUGGCAAUUCUGAUGAUGCUAUUCGAUCCAUUCUGCAACAAGCCCGACGGGAAAUGGAGGCACAGCAGGCUGCCCUUGAACCUGCCUUAAAAACACCACCUUUAUCUCAAGCUGACAUUUCUAUCCUGUCCCCCAAACUAGUGUCUACACCUGCAAUGUCUUCGGUUUCCAGCUAUUCUCCUUUGGCCAUAUCCCUGAAGAAACAUUCAUCUGUCACUGAUUCCAGUAUCUCUGCAUUGCAGAACCUCUCUGGGCUCAAAAAGGAGCCUCAGGAGGCACCUGUUUUAGAGCUUCACGGAAUAAGUGAUUCCGCCCAGGGUAUGUUGAGGCAUGUUAAAAAUGAGUUGGGACGUGGUGGUGUUUGGAAGGACCAUUGGUGGAAUACUGUGCAGCAUGAGAGAAGAAAUGCAGCUCUUCCCGAAGAUGUAAAAGUUGAGGAAGCCAGUGGUGGAAAAGAAAAGGUCAGCAAUCAGACUAGGCCAGAUCGUAGCCAGCUCCAAGGACCGUCUUCUUCCGAGUAUUGGAAAGAGUGGCCAAACGCGGAAUCUCCGUACUCCCAGAGUUCUGAAUUGAGCAUGACUGGGGCGAGUCGCAGUGAGACACCACAAAAUAGCCCCCUCCCUUCAUCCCCUAUCGUGUCCUUGUCCAAGCCAUCCAAACCUUCGGUUCCUCCACUGACACCCGAGCAGUAUGAGAUUUAUAUGUACCAGGAGGUGGAUACGAUAGAGCUAACGCGGCAGGUCAAGGAAAAGCUAGCAAAGAAUGGCAUCUGCCAAAGGAUCUUUGGGGAAAAGGUAUUGGGGCUGUCCCAAGGAAGUGUCAGUGACAUGCUCUCCAGGCCAAAGCCAUGGAGUAAAUUGACCCAAAAAGGCCGAGAACCAUUUAUUCGUAUGCAGCUCUGGUUGAAUGGUGAGCUGGGACAGUGUGUCCUGCCCGCACAAGGGCAGCAACAAGGACAAGUCCUUCACUCUGUGACAUCAUUACAGGAUUCCCUACAGCAGGGAUGUGCAAGCUCAGAAAGUACUCCAAAGACUUCUGCCAGUUGCAGUCCUGCUCCUGAAUCUCCCAUGAGUUCCAGUGAGUCAGUGAAAAGCCUGACUGAACUGGUACAGCAGCCCUGCCCCGCUAUCGAGACAAGUAAGGAUGGCAAAUCCCAAGAAUCCAGCGAGCCGCCUGCUUCCGAAUCCCAAUCCACGACCCCUUUGCCGCUGUCGGGCCACUCGGCACUGAGCAUCCAGGAGCUGGUGGCCAUGUCCCCCGAGCUGGACACCUAUGGCAUCACAAAGAGGGUCAAGGAAGUGCUAACGGACAACAAUCUUGGUCAGCGUUUGUUCGGGGAGACAAUCCUAGGCCUAACACAAGGCUCUGUCUCAGACCUUCUGGCUCGCCCGAAGCCCUGGCACAAGCUGAGUCUGAAGGGACGGGAACCCUUUGUCCGCAUGCAGCUGUGGCUGAACGAUCCCAACAACGUGGAGAAGCUGAUGGAUAUGAAACGAAUGGAGAAAAAAGCCUACAUGAAACGGCGACACAGCUCUGUCAGCGACAGUCAGUCCUGCGAGUCCUCAUCCGCUGGCAUCGACUACAGCCAGGGGGCCAGCCCACAGCCCCAGCACCAGCUCAAGAAGCCCCGGGUGGUGCUGGCACCAGAGGAGAAAGAAGCUCUGAAACGAGCCUACCAGCAAAAGCCAUACCCAUCACCAAAAACCAUUGAGGAACUCGCUACGCAGCUCAACUUGAAAACCAGCACCGUGAUCAACUGGUUCCACAAUUACAGGUCUCGCAUCCGCCGGGAGCUGUUCAUCGAGGAGAUCCAAGCCGGGAGCCAGAGCCAGGCUGGGUCGAGCGACUCUCCUUCGGCCAGGAGCAGCAGGGCGGCUCACAGCUCCGAGGGGGACAGCUGCGACGGCGUGGACGCGGAAGGCCCUCCCGAGGGGAAGCCGAGUGGCCCGGAGGCGGAUGAGUACAGCAAUGCAACCGCAAAGUCUCAGGGAGGGCCCGCCGAGCCGGCUUUCGAGGCGGGGGAAGAGGCACUGCAAGGCGCCAGGUCUUCGGAGAAAGCGGAGCCGUUCCAGGCCGAGAGCCUGGAGGACACCGACGACGAGGGCCGGCUCAGAGCACCGCGCCAGAGCUCCCCGCCGGCACCGCAGCGCCCGGGAGAAGCUCUGGAGACACUGCCAAACUCUGCCACGGAAGGGGAUGCCUCUACCUCAGCUGCCUCCACCUCAGUCCUUACGGGGGAGAGCUCCUACAAGUCAAAAGAAAGUUCGGAGAAAACCUCCAGUGUGCCAAGUACGAGCUCGACGCCGGCCACAGGCUCGCAGAAAGCCAACUCUCUCCAGAGCUUGUUCGGCUUCUCGGAGGCGGCGAGCUCCAGGAACACGCGAGACAGCUCCUUGAGGAAAAAGAAAGCGGCCAACUUGAACAACAUCAUCCACCGCUUGGAGAAGGCCGCGAGUCGGGAAGAGGCCGUCGAGUGGGAGUUUUGAGAUUAAACUGGCCCAACUCGGGAGAGCUGGGAAGUCAAACUGGACCUCUACUGGUUUUAUUGUGUUCGCACUUAACCGCCCUGCGGGCCACAGGGCAAAAACGCCAUAGGCCAAGGUGCAUAUAGAAAUCAAAAAGGAGCGUUAAGCCCAAUUUAUGUUUGUGUUUUCGAGGAAGAAAACUGAAAUGUGUAGUCGAGCUUUUUUGUACCCUGAAGUGUUUUUAUUAUUGCCCUAAGUGAUUUCCACAGUUUCUGGAAUAACUCAUACAGCUUUGCCUUGUGCCCUCCUCUUUGGUGUGGGGCUUUAAAAAAAUGAAAAACGGAAAAAGAAAAGAAAAAAAAAAAACUAAAAAGAAAAAAAAACUUAAAAAAAAAUCAAACCCACAUAUUAAAAGGGGGCUUUUUAUCUGCCAUCUAAUGGCUACAGAGCGAUAAUACACUAUUAUCUUCUUAAACCAGGAAAAAAGGGGAGAUUUUUCAAAAAAAAGAAAAAAAAAGAAAGUUUUUUGUAGCUGUUCAGUUGCCACUAAGAGAUUGCACAGUCAACCGACUCUAAACACACUAGUUUGGAUUCCUACAUAUUUUCAAGAAAAGAAAAGAAUCUUGUUGUUUGAAACUUUGAAUUAAAAAAAAAAAACACAUUUACUCCACAUAUUUUUUAACAAAACAAAAAAAAAAGUCACAUCAGGAAAAUAUCUUAAUUUGUGGUAGCUGACUUAGUGUUUUCUUGUAAGUGAAAUAGAAUAUUGACACGUAGUGCACAUUGUUUCAUAGCUUUAACUGAUUCUGGUCUUUUGCAGCCCAGAAUUUGUUUAAUACACUCCAUUUUAGGCCAAAUCAGGACAAAAAAAAAAAAUCUGAAUCUAGGUAUUUUAUAAUCUGCUUUUUAACCUCUAACCACAGAGCACGCUGAUCAGACCUCAUAUCUAGGAGGUUUAGGAGACAACUUAGAAACAGCAUGUACUUGAUCAUUUCACUUGGUUCGUAGUGUACAGGAUUUCCUCUCAGCAAAGACAGAUCGCUCCAAAAACGUUGGCCAGUAACAUUUCAGCCGCUACUUCGGGGGCGUAGCCCGUAUCCCGAAUAUUCAGCUUGCCUGGAAUCGAUGGAAAAGCAGCUCACGUGUCCGAUUGCUGUCACACACCACUAAGAGGGACUGGAGCUGCCGCAGAUCCGGCCCUUUUCCUGCUGUUGGUGGCCAUUUACUGACUCUCUUCCCACCACAAGCACUGAUUUUAAAUACGUUUUAGUUGUGGGAAGCUUAUUUUUUUUGGCGUGGAUAAAGAGUACAUGGCAAUGACCAGACGGGCUCUUACCAGGAUGGAAGCAGCCCAGACUCCAAACCAAAACCUUCGUGCUCUCGAGUCCCAGUCCAGCCCGUUCUGCCCUGCAGAAAUACAGCCUUUUUUUUUUUUUUUUCCCCCGUUAUUUUAUGCACAGGUUAGGGCUGAUCAAAGUACAAAUCAAAUUCUAACUUGUCUCUAACUCCUCCUGUUGUCUAUAUGUAUAUGCGUGAGCAUAGAGGUGCGUGGAAGGAUGUGUGUGCGUGAGUGUGUGCGUGCAAUUUUAUACGUCUGUGUAUUUUCUUACGUACUUGUGCACACAUAGAGUGCAUUACUGCCACCUUUUUUCAAUAAGCUGUUUUAUCAGUUAUGGCUUCUACAAGUUUGCUAAUUUAGACUCCUUUAUUGCCAUAUCUUUAAAACUAACAAUAGAUGAUUUCGGAAUAUAUAUAUAUAUAUAAAUAUAUAUAUAUAUAAUUUUUUUUUGCUUAUUUAUAGGUGCUGUAUUUUAUUAUCUGAUUGUUAGGAAGGGAUGAAAGGGGGCAAAUAUUCUUUAGAGGGAUAGACUGCCGGCAGUAUUGGGUAUAAUUUACAAGAUGUAGUUGUCAUACUGUAUAUUAUUGAUUGAAGACUUUUUUGACCGUAUUGUGUAUCAUUGAACUUUUGUCUUAGGUCAGCAUCUUUUUGAUGACACUUUAAUGGUGCAUUCAUUACUUCUUAAGUUUAAUUAAUAUUACUUUUCUGAUUUUGGGGGAGGGAGGGAUGGGGAGAGGAGUUCCGACUUUAAAGGUAUGUUCCCAAUAUUACACCUCAGUGUGCUUGUAUUAAUUCAUUAGUAGGAUUUUUGACUGUAAGAUGUGAAACCACAUUUCUUGCAUGAUGUUUUAGAACUUAUGUAUUUCAUUUACAGUCUCUUAACAAGCGACAGCAGCACUUAGCGCAAGUUUUCACAAAUUAAGAAUCAGUACACUAAAAUCCAUCCUUUUCCAUGAUUGAGGAAAGAAGGCUCUAGGAGGCUGAAAGGCAGGGAUUUAUUUCUGAUUUUCACUGCUAGCUGUUUCAGGAUUCCUCCUUGGGUGAUUGGGGACUUGUGAUGCAAAACUAAAACUGAGAAGCGGAGAGAGCAGCUGCCCCUUUCUGUGCUGAGCUGAGGAGAGGAUCGGUAGUGACAGACACCAGUGUGUGACAGCACGUGCUGGGAGCGGUUCCGCCUUCCCACCGGGAGGGCCAUCGCUCCCUGGGAACAGCCAGCGAGGGGAGAACGGGGUGAAGCAAAGGGUUACCUCUCUGUACUUGUCCAGUGUCCUGGUUUGACUUCCAAAGCACAGCUCCAUCGAUAAAUGCACGUCCUGGUAAAACACACAUACCUUGAAACAAGUCACAACGAGCUGCGUCUUCAGCCAAGAACCAAACUUCUGGCUGGGAGACGCAGAUAUUUUCUUAUGUUCUUUAUUAUUAUUUUUUUCUUUGUUGUUGUUUGGUUCAGGUUGGGUUUUUUUUUUUAAUUAAUUCUAGGCAAUACACUUGCCAGUCUGUUCCUACUGUCCUUGUCUGCUGAUUUGAGAUCCAGGUGCUGGAUGCGGUCAAGUGGUUACUCUCGGCUUUCUCCAUAGCGAGGGGUUUUUUUUUUCUGUUUGAUGAUUUAUUUUUUUUUAUUAUUAUUUUUUGUUUUUAAAUUAAUAUUCCCCAAACUGUUCUUGUGCCUGUGUCUAUCUGAUUGCAUUCCAUGAUGCUUACUGAGAGCUCUGGCUGCACUGUACGACAGCAGAACUGUAUUCACAGGUCGCACGCAAAUGCAGCACUUAAGGUCAAUCUCUCUUCUUAAUAAGCAAUACGUAAGUGCCUUGAAACAUAUCUUUUUUUUUUUCCCCCCCUGUUUAUUUUUGGUUUGCUUUUCAGGUUUCCACCAGUUCUUUAGGAUUCUUUAGCGUCUGCCCACUUUUUAAUGCUGUAAUGAUUUUUAAAAAGCAUAUCUGUAGCUUGCCCUAGAGGAAAUCUUCCUUUCAUAACACUAACUGUUAAUUCUAAGCUCCAUUAUUACAUCUGAGUCAUGUAAUUUUGCUGGAUAAAGACAGCAUUCAGAAGUCAGAAGUCACUCCAUCCUGCCAAGGGUCGUCAUUGGGAUCUAUUAUGAAAUUAAUCAAAUAAAAUGCUGUCAGUAUUUCCUAUAUUUUUGGCACUUUAUUAGUGGCUUAGCUCCUUUUGCUGUUUCAUAUGUAAUGAUCUGUGUUGAAUGUGGAUUAGCCUGCUGAGAUGCUGCUGGGGUGACCUGGGCCUUGCUGCCUGGAGUCCCUGUGGGUUCCUCUGUGAAGGGGCAGGGGCAGACGAGCAAUCUCAGAUCGAGCUCGUGGAGUUUAAGUGAUGCUCCCGGUUUUUCCCAGCGUUUAGCCAAGGUCACAGCUGCUUUUCUGUUGGAAAGUAGAAUGGAUUAGCUUGAACUACUGCUGAGAUUCUCGGGUUGGACAUGAGUUACCUACUGGCUUUCCAAACUGGCCGAGCCCCCCCCAGUGUAGAGACUGAACGUGCAGCGCAGGGUGUGAGCCGUAGUUGGGAUCGGGUGCAGCACUUGGAACUCACACUCGGAGGAAAACAUGCAUUGGAAUAACUUCUUUUACUUCAUUAAAAGGACAAAAAGUUGGAGGAGAAGAAAUGCCAAAGAGUAGGACAGUGGCUGUCACCCCUUUGGGUCUCUGAUUCCGGGGGAAGGGAAUGUGUGACGUGGGGCAGAGCCCUCGCUGCCGACGUUUCUUUUCCUGAUGGGUAAAAGCACAGGCAUUUUUCAGAAAAUCCAUCAUGCCAGACUCUGUUUUUUCCUGGAGUUCUUUAAAAGCAUUUUAUUUUCUCUCUCUGUUUCCAGUUCCAUGCUCUUACUAACACCGUGCAUGAAGGGCCAGGGCUGUUUUAACAGAAAUACGUUUAUAUUGCAGUUAAAAUUGUCAAUUUUUCUUUCUGGAUGGUUAGGGAAGGAAAAAAGUGUAGUGCUUUGUUUGCUAAAAGCCAGCAAAGAGUAUCCCUUGGCAGAGGGGUCAUGCAGUGGGAUUGUCAAUACACUUCCAUUUUUGAGGAUACAGAUUUCAGAGAACAGGAUUGCACAUGUUUAUUGGCAGAAAUGCAUUUAAUUACAGUUUCUGUUGAUGCCAUAAAAUUGGACCAUUUUAUUUACUCAUCUGUAAAAUGCCUAUAGAAAGAGCUGCCCUUUAAAGGAACCUGUGUCAGUGCACUCUGCCCAUAUCAUGAAUUAGUGAGUCCUUUAGUAAUAAACUCCUUGCUGUAAUAGGAAAGAUCUGUAUUGCAGCUGAAAAGAAAAAAAGAAUGUGCCUUUCUCAUUAGCUAAAAGAUCUUUGCAUUAUUUUUAUGUAACCUGUUGAUAUGGGAAUGGUGUAGAGCAGGAGGGUCAUGAACAUGACAGAAUUCUAUGCAAUAUUCUCUGAUCCAAUUACUUAAAACUUGCUGGUUUUCAAUCCUUUAUCAGGAGAAAUAGUAAGUUAAGGAAGUGCAUUGUUCUGGUGGUAGUUCAAACUACAAAGCUGAUAAAUUGACAUAAAAUAGGAUUGAGGGAAAUGUGACAAAAUAAUGUAAUGAAAUGGUGGAAAAUGCUCACAGUGGUUGCAGUCCCCACUAGCACAGCUGCUGUCAGAAGUCUGUCAUUUUUCAUGUUAAAAUUAUUAAUUUCAGGUAUUCUUAAAGCUUAUGUGAAUAAAAAUGCUCCUGGCAAAAACAGGACAGGUUAGAAAUCCCCCACACACCAAAAAAAAUCCCCAUUUUGACCGUAUAUAAACUAUGAGGACACAUGAGAAAAAGUAAUUGGGUUUGGACACUUUGCACUUGAAUCUGAAAUGGUUUAUUUAAACUGGAACACCACAGUGAUCUGGACCAGUGCCUUUAGCAGGGUUGCAAAGAGAUCAGUAAUCCUGGCUAUUUGUUGCAGACUGAAAGUCAAGUGGUGACAUUUUUAACCUGCAGAUGAAGGGCACUGUUUUUACUUCAUUUGUGUCUCUUAAAUCCUCUCUUAUUUCCUCUUCACCCAGUGGAUUUUCUCUGUCUUAAGCCACAAGUGUAGUUGAGCUCCAGAAGCAGGAGGAGGAGAAGGAAAGUGGGUUCUCAGGUGGGAGCUGGAUUUAACAUUUUAUAAACCAAAUCAAAGCUUUCCCAUGAGUGUGUGGCAGUUUUGGCCCUGAUUUGACCAUCUGGUUAUAGCCUCCUAUCCCUAAAUUUAGUUCCCGUGGAUAAAACAUCAGCAAAGCAGGAUUGAGUUGACUCCUGUGUUGUCCUGCUGCUUUCCCCUGUCACUUCCUGCUGCCCCACUGUGUGAACAUCAAUAUUUUUUUCUUCCUUCAUGUUGCAUAUGCAAUCAACUUAUUUUUAAAAAAAUAGAGAAUUUAAAAAUUCUAUACAAAGAAAAUACUCUUCCCCCCCCCCCUUCCCCCCAGCAGUUUAAAAUCUGGUUUUAAAUUGCAAGGAGAAUCACUGGCUUGGGAAGCACGAGAUCUGGGUUUAUUUUCUGGCUCAGCCUUCUUAGUUUGAAAAGGGAUGUAGCAAUCCCUGUCUCCUUCAUUGAGCUCUGAAACAUAGAAAUAUAAUUUCAGCAAUUUGUUCUUCCCUCCCCAUCUCUUUUAUGGGAUAUAUUGACUAUGCCAGAUAUAAAAUAUAGUUAAUAAUGAACUUUAUAGCAAGAAAAGCCCUUUAUGCCUUGCCUAGGGACUGAUUUGUCCUACAUGACCAGGUCAUGGACUAUACCCUACCCUAUUAAUAUGCAAGGAUAAAAUGGUUUUAUGCUCUGAACGUGAAAUUUAUCCUUUUGGAGAAGAUUAGCGUUAGGCCUGUGCACUUAAGUUUUCAAAAAGCCUUAAAAACAGGUAUGUGAGUGGUGCCAUCUCUGUCCUCAGGGAUGAUUCCCCCCAGCCAAGCAGUACUGUGGCAUAUUUAAUAGAAGUUCUUAGUUAUGAGGUCAUUUUCCAGUUGAAGAAAGUCGUUCACUGAACUUCAUUAGCGAGCCCCUCACCCUCUGGUACAAUCCAGGACCUGCUUUUCCCAAGACCUGGGUGCUCCAUGUCUAUCCCAAAAUCCUUGCCUGUCUAUGAAGUCUGUGUUUCUACAAUUACUUUAUGAAUGAAGCAAAAACCUAAUGGGAUUCCCGGGCUUGAUUUUCACUGCUAUUAACAAACAUGUUCUGGCACUAAAGUGCAUUGAAAGGAAAUGCCUCCUUUUAAAAAUUAAUAAGAUUAUUGUAUUUUUCCUUGUCCAGCUCUUCUGUAAAGGACAGUUCUGCCAUUUUUCAAGCUGGCUUUAGUCACAGUGAGGCAAGGAGAUUUUAGCCACAGUUCUGUAGGUUUCUUAUUAUUAAAACUGUUGGUUUCAUCGUGUCAUUUCAGUUUCUUUAGAUUUUGAACCAGCUGAGUUCAGAGAGCAGCUGAAUCCUCAACCACAAUGGAAUAGUGCAGGAAACAGUCCAGCAAAAGUAGACGUCCCUGUGAUGUCACAUCUUGGACUUUCUGUUUGAAUUUUAGAGAUAUUUGUGCUUCGAAGUACAAUCCUCAUCCAAAGAUCCUUGGAAAUGGACAGUCAUGCCAGGAAUUUCCUGCUGUUGUGGUGCCAUACCUGCUUUUUUGCAUAGUUACUGUGUAAUUGUGGUGGUGUCAUGGCAGCACAGCCUCUCUGUUGAUAGCAAGGAUAAUGGCACGAGUUGCAUUCUCUUCUGUCUAUGCGGGUAAUUAAUAUGCAUUUUUAGGAGUUGUUAAAUGUGUCUGUGUACAUCAUUCCAGUAUGGAAAAGCCCCUCUGUGUAUUUAGUGUUUGUGUGCUUGGUCUUAAUGGUGCAGUUAGAAUUGCUACAGCCAAAUUUGUGAAAUCAUUUGGGACGCAGGUGAGCGAGGGCUUAAAACCAAUAUGUAUUUUAAUGGGUGGAGAUGCCAUUUCCCACUUGUCAGAUCUGUUCCCUCUUGCAAAGAGGGGAUUAGUCAUGGGAGAGACUGGGCUGUUGGAGAUACACGGGUUUAGCUAAUGAGGACAGGGGAGAUCAUGUUCAGAAUACAUAAAAAUGAUCCCAAGGGUCUGAGAUGUGCAAGAGUCAAACCUCACCUGUGAUAAUUACUCUUUAGGUUUGGCUCCUGCAGGAGGUUAAUAUGCCAGAUAUUUGCACACUUACAGUGUACUUUCCUAUACCUGUGUACAGCAGGAAGGUGGACAGUAAAGACAUUUAAAACAAUAACAAACCCAUUUGAUUAAGUAAAUUAAAACUGAGUAUCAAAUUCAAGCAGUUCAGGCUUGCUCUCCCUAAGCUGAAAAUUUAAGUAUUCUUUGGAAUGAGAUAAAAAAACCUCUGUUAGGCAGCUCCUCUUGGAAGGCGAGUGUCUGUGCUUUCAGGAGAAUAAAUAAAACCUGGCACUUGACUUGCUCUGAAGUACAAUCUUGUCCCCAAGUAACUAGAAAAAAAAUACUUUCUACAAUCAGUCUUUCAAUCAGACUUCUCUGGCUUUCGUAGCUUAUGUUGGACCCUUCGUGCUAUUUUGAUGUGUUAUUUAUAUGUGGGUAAGUUAUUACUAGCUUUAAAAGUGUUUCCAAAGUACCUGGUUACCUCUGGAUGCUGGUACAGGUGAUACAGGGAGUACUUGAGCAUCUAGUUCAGAAAGGAGCCGUGUGGGGAAUAAGCAAGGUCACAUCUAUAUCAUACUUUUCCUUUUCCUUGAUCAGGGCUUCCAUUUCCUUCUCACUUUCUCCAUCCAGAGAUGGAGAUCAUGGAUCAUUUCUUUUUUUCUGUGGGGGAAAGAUUUUAGUUAAGCUUGAAAUUCUUUUGUUUUCACUCAGAAGGCAUAUCAUCCAAAUCCUGUACGCUGCCCAUUUCCCAUUUUUUAGGGUUUUGCUACUUUCCUGAAAUUUGCUAUUUAACAAGCUUUCUCUGCUUGGAAAGCUAUGUGCCUUAUUUCCUAAUCUCUUCAUGGAGAAUAAUCUAAAGCACAGUGAUCUGGAUUGCAGCAUUCCCAGCCGCUUUUCCCUUGGAGAGGAGCAAACACUGGUGGAGUCCCACAUCACCCCUUGGCUCACGAGCACGUCCCACACUGUGCUUGAGUCUUAGUGCAAUAGAAACUCUGGUUCUGUGUCUGGAGGGUCGUGUCCUGCUGCCAACACAGCCAAGCACGAGCUCUGGUUUAGGAGAAUUCAGGUUCCUGGGGGUAAAAAAAAAAUUAAAAUAUAUUCAUAUCCCUGUGGGUUGGCUCCAGUGGGUCUGGGGUAGGAAUCAACCAUCACCCAGCAGUGUUGAUCUCGUCAGGCUCAGUCUCCCCCCGUGUGCUCGUAGGUCUGUCAGCAUCCCAGAAACACUCGUGGACAUCAACCACCGCAGUCCCAUGUCCUCCAGUGCCAUCAGUCACAGCUGCUGUCCCCAUUUCCACCCCCAGAGCCCUGUUGGCUCUGGGUUAGGCACUGUAAAGUCACUCCAGUCUUAAUUUGGUUCUGUCCAGAAGAGGCUUUCACCCACCAGCACCCUCAGCCCUUCCCAGCCCUUGUGUGUCCUUUCCCAAGCUCGCUCUCUCUACGGCAUCAUAAGGUGAAAUACAUAAAGGUGGUUUGUAAUUAGGAAAACAAUCUAAUAUUUUUCCUAUUUAUGAGAUUAAUUUUAACAGUUGGUUGGGGUUUUUUGUUGAGGUUUGUUUUUUUUGUUUGAUAUAAACACAACAGGAGUAUACAUAUCAUUGGUUUGGGUUGGAAGGGACCUUAAAAAUCAUCUAAUUCCAACCCCCUGCCAUGGGCAGGGUCACCUUCCACUAGACCAGGUUGUUAUCCCCUAAAUGGAUGUUGGAGAAAGCUUGAGAUAUCCUAGAGAUGGAGCAGGUGGUGUUGGCUCGUAGUAUCCAUAUCAUUGUGCCCCUGUUGUGUUUUCUAGAGCAAUCAUUUUUUCUUUUAAGAAAAAAAAAAAGUAUUUUAUCUAAAUGCCUAAUAAAUAAUAUUAUUUAAAUAGCUUUUAAAAUAAUUUAGGACUGAGAACAAGAAGCCUCAGUUGUGAGAGAAGAGACUUAAAGUAUACAGAGAGAGAAAAUACCCUGAGCCUCCUAGAGCCUCUACUGAGAAUUUGCUGAAGAUGCAGAGCCCCUGGUCAGAGCACAUUGCGAUUGUUCAUUUAAAAUGAGAGACUGGUUUCCUGUGAUGUUCAUCUUUGUUGGCAUUUGUUUGACUUUCUGAAUUCAGAGCUGAUUUCCUUCUCGUUCAAAGUUGGUCAAGAAAAAAAAAAAAAAAAAAAAAAGAAAACCACAAAAAGGGAGAAAAAUCACAAUUCACCUUGUGCAGCAGCAGCUUUUCCUGGCGUGAGCUCUGGAGAUCCACGUCGUGCGUUGAUCUGGGCCACAGAGGAGGGGUUCAGUUUUCUUGCAGCGUCGAGACAGGUUCAGACAGGUUUUCCCUGGCGAGGUAACACUGGUGAGGGAGAGAAAAGCUGCAGAAGCCAGACUGCAACCCCGAAUUUGGGGUGGGGGGAGCGUGUCCGCAGGAGGGACGGUCCGAGGGCUCCGGGAGCACUGACCCGGCCCCGCGGCCCCACCUGGCGUGGGCAAAGCUGGAAGGUGCUGAGCCAGCUGCAGGGCACAUCACUCACCACUGCUGUGGAUUGGGAAGCAAAUUUGCACUUUGCCUUUCGAGGGUGUCCCACUAAAAAAAAGAAAAAAACCAUCCGGUGAAUUUCCCACUAAGAAACCAUCCGAUGAGUUUCCCCACGUCAGGUUCUUUUCCUUCUGGCGUAGCCCAAAAGGAAAAGAAAAUAAGAUUAAAUAAGCCCUUUGUGUAACUGUUGGAUAAGCUCUGCCAAACAGAAGGUUGUUCCUCUCGGAACACUCUAUGCAUUUCUGUGGUGAAAAGCAUUUUUUUCCCGUUCCUUGCUGGAAAUGCUGCGAGAAUGUCACACGUAGGAAUUUGGAUCCCAAAGCAGGUGGAGGCUGGGGAGGGGGGAUGUUCUUUUUUUUCUUUUUUUCUUUUUUUUUUUUUAAAUUGUUUCCCUCAUGUCCCUUUUCAUUUUUAUUUUUUUUUCUUUUAAUUAAAAAAAUUAACUCUUUUGCAUUUGUGCAAUAACUACUUGCCAUGAGAAUGGGCAGACCUUGGAAAUGCCCCGACUACUAACACAGCACAAGAUGAACUCGAACAGAAAGUGGUGUACUUUUUCCUGAGAACUUUUUUUUUUUUUUUUUUAAAUAAUAAGCUCAGUUUUUACCCCAGUGUAUUGUGGUGUCUUACAUUUUUAGCAGUAUUUUAUAUUUUUUCUGUAACGCACUAAGUCUUAGAUGUUUUUAGAGCUUGUUUGUUAUAUUCACAAUCACAGAUUUUAAAAAAAAAAAAAAAAGGAAAAAAAAAAAAAGAUCCUCACAAAGACCCAAUUGACCAAAAAAAAAAAAAACCAACAAAAAAAAGUGUCUUUUUUUUUUUUUUUUUGUACAAGUAGCUUUGAGAAGCCCACAUUGUGUUGCUGUGACUCAUCUUUUGUAACAUUUUAUUUCUUGGUAUUUGUUUAAACAUAAAAAAAAGUAAGAGUUUAUCUGGCUGGCAGUGCAGGGCAGCGCUCCCUCGUCAGCAGACGGCAUUGUUUCUGUCUUUGUUUGGUUUAGCCAUAUAAUGUUUGUUCUCAGCACUGUACAACGGUCCCUAUAUGAUAUGGAGAAGCAAUAUCACUGUAUGAAACUCACACGAUGUAUUAUUAUUAUUAUUCACUAGCACCCUAGGUGUGAUAAUUGAAGUAAAUAUCUUUUAUACAAACACAA